CUCAAUCUGGGAAAGAACGGAAAGAAAAGCGAGAUACUGUGAUAGCGUGAUGGGGUGAACGAACAAUUUGUGUCGGUUCGGAAGAUCCAAUUAGGAAGCAUCGCAAUUCGCAGUAUCGCACCGACGCUCUGUUUUCUCAUAAAUCAGGAGGAGGGGGUGAAGGAUCAGAAAUUGAGGAAGGAAUAUGGGGAACUGUGUGUUUCGUGGGGUAGGUGGAGAAGUGGAAGAGAUGAUGAUAAAAGUGGUGACUUCGAACGGUGGGAUUAUGGAACUCUAUGCACCCAUUACCGCAGAGUGUAUCACGAAUGAAUUCCCAGGUCACGGCAUAUUCAGAAGCCACGAUUUCUUCUCUCGGCCACUUCUCCACAGCGAAGAGCUAGUGCGAGGACAGCUUUACUACCUCCAUCCCCUCAACACCAGCAGUAGCCACCGCAGGAGAGCAUCGUUCUCUUCUUUCUCCUCUUCUUCCUCCUCGUCCGUCGUCACGCCGUAUCGGAUGUCCUUCGACAGCCAAGGGAUCCUGAAGUGGUCGGAGAGCGAGGUCUUGCCGAGACAACUACAACACCACAGCAACAAUAACGGGAAGGGAGUGUGGAAGGUGAAGCUGGUGAUCAGCCCAGAACAGCUGGCGGAGAUAUUGUCGCAGGAGGCACGCACGGAGGCAUUGAUAGAGAGCGUCCGGACGGUGGCGAAAUGUGGGAAGGGAGCUGUCGCUUCCGCUGCUAAUUCUGAUCAGUGGAGUAUCUCCAGUAGUUGGAUGGCUUCCUCCGACCGACAUGGCCUCUUUGACUUCUGAACCACAAUCCCACCCCUCCCCCGUUCCAACUAAAAAAGGGUCAAACUAACUGUAACAAUACUCCUACUCAAAACUCUCCAAGAACAGUGCCGACUUUCUCUCAAAGUCUCUUCUCCUGCAUUUUUCUUCUGUAUCUUACGUUUUUAUUAUAUGUCAAUGGAGGUAGAACCUGAUGAUCUGAUAAUC